AUGAGGAAAGACGACAGGAUAAAGUUCAGCCUUUUUUUCACAGAUCUUAUAAAAGUACUAGAACAGAUAGAUACUUAUGAGGUACUCUCGGUUGAGUUACCCAAAAAUGAUAAGUUUUUCGAAAAUGAUCCGAAGAAGAUAACAAGUAAUUUCCUGAACUUUUUGGAUUCGACCGGAAACGACUUUACGAGGGAUGUCAGCAUUAAAGACAAACUCGUUUCUGCUGAGUACGAGUCCAUCUACCAAAUUUACCAUGAUAUAAAGAUUGCAUCACUGAUUGUUUAUUCUUCGAGGAAGAACUCAGAAGCUGAUCAUUUCCAGAUUGACCAAUUUUAUCGAAUUGCCGUAGAGCUCUUGUUAAAGGAAAGCUUACGACUAGAAAGUACAGUGACGCUGCAGGAGAGAGAAACAAGAAAAUCUUUUCGCAAUGAAAUCAGGCAAAAGGCAAACAAACAGGAGAUUGAAAAUGAAGAUGAUAUCAGAACAAGUUUGAGAAAGGCCAUUGUUCGCGACUUCGAAUUGAUAACCACUUCCUAUUUCAACAGGUCGGGGGAUGCACUGUUGUUGACUGCGGCUAAUGGUGUUCCACUCUUCUCCUCAUUAAACAAGCGCAUUUCUGAGCUGGAUGACAGAAAGCCGAAUUUAGAUGACGACGUACCUGUUGAAGCCUUGACAGUUGUUCCAAGUCUGUUAGGUGCAAAAACAGAGACCUUAUCGAUUUUAUGUCAAUCACUGAUCAACCAGCAAGCUCUGCCAACUGAGAUCCUUUCACAAAGUUUUCAUCCAAAUUGGUAUAACAUCCCUGUGUCUCAGUGGAUUAAACAUGGAAUAAACCAGGAUGCUUUCUCUUUUGCACCAAUGUAUGAUGAAAGUCGGUCUAUCAUCUCCAAUGAGUGGAAAGGUCUUAUUUGGUUGCAGCACUAUGGCCUCAAAAGAAUAUUGCAGAUCAAAAAACAAUUUGAGAGGGACGAGAAUCAAAACGAAGCUGAUGUUGAGAAAUUUGCAGAUUCUACCUGUGUUACAAACGGCGCCGAAAUGUUGCAGACCUCAAAUGUGCAGGACGCCAUAAAGGCAGAAUCAGAAGCAACUGCUGAAGCUAGAAUUGUCGUUAAUGAGAAAGAGCACGGUCAGACUCAAAACGGUACUGAAGAUUCUAGCGAGGAAGACAUUGAACUGGAUACGGAACCAAUAGACUUAGAAAAAGUCAUAAAAUGGAAUGUUGGAAAUGUAAUCGGUGAAGACGAACAGCAAGCUGUCACUGACAAUUGUGCCCAAAAAACGAUUACCAAACUCCUAUUAGAACUGAAUCAACUAAGACGCGAGCGUUUCAGAGGCAUCGCAGCCGGUAAGAUGAAGGUGUUCAAGCCGAGCAAAACUGAGAUUCUUAGAUUCAAUCAGCUGAAGCGCAUGAUAACGGGGAUGAUAAAGCACAAAAAUGUUCAGCCACAAAGCUUAGAAAUAGAGCUAAGUCCUAAAAUGCCAGUGCUACAACACAAUUAUAGCGGCUCGUUACCAUCAUCGAUGAUGAGCGAUGCCCACAAUUCUCAGGCCGUGCAAAUGGCAACUUACAACAGACCACUGAAAAGGCGCCGGUGA